UCUUUUACCUGGUCCACAUCCGUGAGACGUGGAAUCCAAAAUAUUCUUUUCUUUGCAAUAAUGAAAUGAAAUCAUCAAUCUUUUCUUAACUCCCCAUCACUUUUACAAGUCCCUCUAUCCGUUUUGAGCUAUAUACCUUUACAACAGAAUCAAGUUCGCCUUUCUUUGCUUAGAUUCUGGGUUUUUUUUUUGUUCUUUGAUUCCUUACAUGGCUUUUCUCUUAUUAAAUUUCCCUCGCUUCGUUUCCUUCCGGCUUCUGCUUUUAUGAUUUCCCUUUUCAGUCCACACAAAGAAUAAACUUAGUAUCCUUCGUUUGACAUAGAAGUUGUUUUCAUUUGUUUCUUUUUAUUUUUUGGUUCACGGAGGAACAUGCAUGCUCCCUUGAUGCUUGUCUGAUCUGGAUUGGAUCAAAAGGGUCUUUGCCAGUUUUGGCGUUUUUGUUUCAGGUAAAAUCUCGUUAGUCCAAAGCAAGAAAGGAACAAGUGACAUUUUACCUGUGUUGUGAUUCUAGAGGGAAAUUGUGAACAAGGGUGUGUUUGUGUUGAUCUGUUGAGUGAAAGUCUUGAUAUUUUUGUUGGGGCAUUUGUUUUUGCUUGUGAUUGUGAUUGUUAGUUAGUGUGGGAUUGGUGGCCCUCUUGUGCUAUUUAGUUAUGGCGGGGAUUGAUGUUGCAAAGUAUUCUCAUAGUCCUGUGCACAAGGCCAUAAUUCUAAAGGAUCAUGCUGGACUUAAGAGGAUACUUGCUGGUCUUCCGCGGCUAUGCAAUGCAGCGGAUAUUUGCACGGAAGCAAUUUCAAUCGUGGAGGAGGAGAAGGCCGAUGUCAUCUCUUCGGUGAUUGAUCGGCGUGACGUGCCAAACCGUGACACCCCGCUUCAUUUGGCUGUGAAAUUAGGGGAUGAAGGGGCAACUCAGAUGCUUAUGGUUGCCGGGGCAGACUGGAGCUUGCAGAAUGAGCAGGGAUGGAGUGCACUUCAGGAAGCUAUUUGCAAUAGAGAAGAAGGUAUUGCAAGGAUAAUAAUUAAGCAUUAUCAGCCUCUGGCUUGGGCAAAAUGGUGCAGAAGGUUGCCUCGGUUGGUAGGAACCAUGCGAAGGAUGAGGGACUUCUACAUGGAGAUUACAUUCCAUUUUGAGAGUUCCGUAAUUCCUUUCAUCUCACGGAUUGCGCCCUCAGAUACUUACAAGAUUUGGAAAAGGGGUGCAAAUCUGAGGGCAGACAUGACUUUGGCUGGUUUUGAUGGUUUUAGGAUUCAAAGAUCAGAUCAGAGUAUUCUUUUUCUGGGUGAUGGUUCAGAGGAUGGGAAAAUCCGGCCUGGUUCACUCUGCAUGAUGUCACACAAAGAAAAGGAGGUACUGAAUGCUUUAGAUGAUGCUGGCUUUUCGGCAAAUGAUGAAGAGGUUCAGCAAGAAGUGGCUGCGAUGUCCAAAACAAAUAUCUUUAGGCCUGGAAUUGAUGUUACUCAGGCUGUUCUUUUGCCUCAACUGACUUGGAGGCGACAGGAGAGAACAGAAAUGGUUGGAACUUGGAAGGCUAAGGUGUAUGAUAUGCACAAUGUUGUUGUGAGCGUCAAAUCUAGAGGGGUUCCUGGAGCUAUGACUGAUGACGAGUUCUUCUCGUCAUGCAAUGAAAAUGAAACAGAGAGUGAAGAACUUAAUGAUAUUCUCACUGAGGAUGAAAGAAGGCAACUGGAAGAUGCACUUAAAAUGGAUUCUUCUGAAUCAAGUCAUGAUAAUGAUGAGGGGAAUUUAGGCUACCGCCAUAGCUGUUAUGAAACACGUGAUAUUCCUAUUGAAGAUGGAAAUUGUAGCAGUGGAGAAAAUAAGCAGGAAAAGAAAGGAUGGUUUGGUGGAUGGAGGAAAAAAGAUUCUAAACAUGAAGCUCCAAAGAAGAUUGCUCCACCAAGAAGCUCUCUUUGCAUAGAGGAAAAGGUGAGUGAUUUACUGGGGGAUUCUCCCACAAAGAACCAGACUAAGCCAGGCAGACAUUCUGUUGAGAUAGUUAGGGUUGAUGAACAUCGGAGAAGAAAAGAUGCUAAAGCUUCUUCUUCAAAUUCUGAUAGUAGAAGUCGUCACAAGGAUGGAAGUCGUGAAAAUGAAUAUAAGAAAGGGUUGAAGCCUAUUCUUUGGCUUUCCCCAAAUUUUCCUCUAAAAACAGAAGAACUGUUGCCACUGCUUGACAUUGUCGCAAACAAAGUGAAAGCAAUUCGUCGUUUGAGAGAACUCCUUACAACAAAACUUCCAGUGGGAACAUUUCCUGUUAAGGUCGCCAUCCCUGUAGUUCCCACCAUUAGAGUAUUGGUUACUUUUACAAAGUUCGAAGAACUACAGCCAGUGGAUGAAUUUGCAACACCGCCUUCGAGUCCUCCUGCUGCUGGCAUCGAGAGCCCUGCAGUGACACACUUCUCAGCUUCGUCUUGGUUUCAGUGGAUAAAGGCUCCUUACCGUCCAAGUUCAACUGCGGCAUGCUCCAGUAGCAGGAUAGAAAAUGUUUCAGACCCUUUUGCAAUUCCCUCCGACUACACUUGGGUUACUGCUGAAGCAAAGAAAAAAAGGAUGCAAGAGAAGAGCAAGUCAAAGAAAGGGAAAAAUCAUAGUUAAUGAUAUCAAUCCCUGAUAUCAAGGAGUUGGUCAUGUGUUAUAAGGAAAUGAAACAUUGUGAUUCUUGCAAAAUUGCUAGAAAUUUUCAAGUCUACACCAUAGAUUUGUUGACUUUAUUUUCAGUAUAGGUGGAAACCCAUUUACUCCGAGUAGUUUCAAUCACAGUGGGAAACUUGCAUCACAAAAAAGCAACAACUAUGCCUGUUCCCACAACGUGGAUUCAGUUAUAUGGAUGAAACUUUCCUCGUGGUUGCUGGAGUUUAAAUUCACCAAUGUUUGAUAUUUUAUAAUUCUUUUCCCAAUUCUAUUCUUGUUGUAAAUAAACUUCUGAAUUUGCUAGCUUGAGUUUCAUAAAAGUUUGUUUUAUUGUAUAUUA